GUGACUAAUAUUGAUAGAUUACGUAACAAAUUGAGUCUAAUUACAAAAAUUUCUCUUUUAGAAUUAACUGUACUAAAAUUUAUAAGAAAGAGAAGGAGUGCAAAUAGAGGAGGUGGUUGAGUGGCAAUUCUAUUGAAAGAAAAGGGAAAGAAGAGAAAGAAAAAGAAAAAGAGAAUAUCCAUUUGAGCAUAAAGUAUUACUUGACAGCUUAUUAAUGCAAUGCCUCCUAGCCAUAUGCCGUCAAGCAAUGUACUAGUUUUUCCCAAAAACCUGAUUGUCUGUCCUUUUCUUUUUCUUUACUUUUCCUUCUGCUAAUAAAUUUUAAUAGCAAAAAUUGUUUGCUUAUCUGAUCUUAGUUAUCCAUUAUUUAAUCUUACAUUAUUAUUGUAAGUCCACCAACCCUAAUAAUACAACCUGUUUGCAUCAUGAUUUGAUAGUGACACAAAUGAAAUUCCACCAAUGCAAACUUGGAUAUUCUCUUGCCCACAGCACAACUCUCACCUCUUAUGCUUCUCUCGAGCUUCUUGCCUGCAAAAAUAAAUAUCCUGACAUUUACUUUACUUCAUUCAAAACCCUGUCAUCUUUGUAUUAGAUUCCCUGCAGUUUGGUUGACAUGGAUGCUAGUACAGUUAUUUGUACCUCAACUUUGGCUUCAUCCUUCGUUCUGUUUCUCUUCUUGUAUCUCCUUGCUUACUUUGUGGUUUUCAGGAACUGGGAUAAAGAACUAAGAAAAGAAGCUUCAAGUUCUUUCAUGUCCUUAACUCAUGGCACUCCUGCUGUUAUCCUUGCUAUCCAUGCACUGCUCCAAACCCAUAGCUCACAUACUUUUGCUUCCCCAAACAGCUACUUUCAUAACAGGGUUCUUGAGUUUAGCAUGGGUUAUUUCUUGAUGGACCUUCUGCACUAUCUAGUCUUCUUUCCUAAUGGCAUUCUUUUCAUUCUUCACCAUCUAGCAACACUAUUUGUGUUUGCGACUUGUCGAUUUCUGGUUUGUUAUGGAGCUUAUGAGAUUCUUGUGCUUCUUAUACUUGCUGAAGUUACUAGUCCUUGCCAGAACAUAUGGAGCAUUGCUGGUUUGCGCCGAGCUGAUGAUCCUACUGCUGCAACGUUGUAUCAAGUACUGUCUACUCCUUUCUUGGUUUUCUACUCUGUUGUUAGAGGCAUUCUUGGUCCUCUUUUUGUGUUUAAGAUGGGAUUGUUUUAUUCAAGUGGAGAAGCUAAUGGUUUAAUUCCAGGAUGGGCAUGGAUUUCUUGGAUGGUUGUGAUUAGUACUGCAAUCUUGGUUAGCGUAUUAUGGGUUUUAAAUCACUGGAUAUAUUGGUUGAGAGAAAGAAGUCGCCUAGCAAGGAAGAAGGUAACUUAGAAUUUCUAGGGUUCUUCAGGGUUUAGCUACAAGCACAUUGCCCGACUGGGCACUGAGAUUGCUGUGGAUGUCAACAAUUCCCUUGUAAUUCUCCCUUGUAUCUCUGGGGAUUGUAAAAAUUCUUUUAUGUGAAAUAGUAAGACAGUAUAUAAAUCAUAGGCUAAA